UUAUAACUUGUCUCUGCGUGUGGAUGAUCUACUGCCCAUCUGAUCUAAUCCCACCUGGAUGCAUUUUGGGGUAUUUUUUUAUCAGUAAGUUUGAAAAUACUUGUAGAAAUUAAACUUUUUUGGAACUCCACCCACUUGAAAGCUCUCCUGCGCGCGCGCGCCGACGCGCUGUCCGAGCCACUUUUACGCAGCGCCUCCAGCCAGGUGCAGCUCUUCCCUGCGCUCCAACUUUUUUAAUUUUGGGAGUUUCUUCUGGAUGUGGCACCGAUAGGAUUUGUGUUUUUAUGGUGGUGGUGAGCGGGGGCCGAUGACAAACCCCAAAUAGGAGCCAUGUCCGGCGCGCAGGGACUCCUCAACAGCGUCUUCUCCUGCUCCUCUCCCGCCUCCAAAGCCAUCGCCAAGCGGAGGCUGCGGCAGACGCGCAGCUUGGAUCCGGCCAUCAUCCGGCACUGCGGCACCGGGGGCGGCGACGCAGGUGCCAAAGCGGCUUUACGCACGCGGAUCCCGGCGCUGAAGGAGCCCAUCGCGCCGUCGCUCUCCUCCCCGUCCAUCCCCUCGGACGUGUCUCCGUCCUCCAACUUCCACUUUGACUAUGAGCUCGUCAAGCGCGCCAAACGGAUUAGCGCCGCGGAGUUCCCCAGGGGCGGCGCGGCGCAGCCCGCGAGCGCAGCGGGGACGCUCUUCUCCCCGCGGAGGUGGCUGCAGAGGAAGGUGCAGCCCGCGUGCCCUCGACAGUGCGUGGUGUGGAACUCAGAGGGUGAUUUCACCUGGAGCAGCCUGUCGGGCCGGACUGUUCGCCUCACGCCGGUUGCCAUCCAGAGCCUGUCUGAGCUGGAGAGGGCCAGGUUACAGGAAGUGGCGUUCAACCGCUUGGUCCAGGACUAUGACCUGGGAUGUCAGAUAACCAUGCCAAAAGAUGGACAGAAGAGGAAAAAGUCUUUGAGGAGAAAGCUGGACUCUCUGGCCAAAGAGAAAAGUAAAGACAAAGAGUUUGUACCACAGGCAUUCAGUAUACCCCUAUCUCAGGUCAUCGCCAAUGACCGGGCGCACAGGCAGCGUCAGGAUGGUUACCGUUUCGACCUGCCACAGCGGGAAGAGCAAAAGGACUCGUCUGACCUUGUCUCAUCCAUUUUACAGUUUGCAACCAAGAGGCCAUCGAACAAGGAGCUGUCCAGCAGCAACUCCUCUCUGAGUUCCACAUCAGAAGCCAACGAGUCUACAUCACCCAACACCCCCGAGUCUGCACCUCGAGCCCGCAGAAGGGGUGGAAUGUCAGUGGACUCCAUCACCGACCUGGACGACAACCAGUCCCGCCUCCUGGAGGCGCUGCAGCUGUCCCUGCCGGCUGAAGCGCCCAACAAGAAGGAGAAGCACAGGGACAAGAGGCUGAGCCUCAAUCCCAUCUACCGGCAGGUCCCCCGGGUGGUUGACAGCUGCUGUCAGCACAUCGAGAAAUAUGGUUUGCAAACGGUCGGCAUCUUCAGAGUGGGAAGUUCGAAGAAGAGAGUCCGACAACUGCGAGAAGAAUUUGAUCGCGGCAUCGAUGUGCAGCUGGACGAAGAGCACAGCAUUCACGAUGUGGCCGCCCUGCUCAAGGAGUUUCUCAGAGACAUGCCUGACCCUCUUCUCACGAAGGAGCUCUACACGCCCUUCAUUAACACCACACCAUUGGAUCCAGAAGAGCAACAAAGUGUCACCCAGCUUCUGAUUUACUUACUUCCUGCCUGCAACAGUGACACUCUUUACCGUCUGCUGGAGUUCCUGUCCAACGUGGCCGACCACGCCAACGACCGGCAUGACAAAGAGGGAGAGGAGAUCACGGGGAACAAGAUGACGUCGCUAAACCUCGCCACCAUCUUCGGCCCCAACCUGCUUCACAAACAGAAGAACUCCGAUAAGGAGUUCAGCGUCCAGAGUUCAGCCAGAGCGGAGGAGAGCACGGCUGUGAUCGCUGUUCUGCAGAAGAUGAUUGCAAGCUACCAAUCACUCUUCAUGGUGCCCCCAGACUUGCAAAAUGAAGUGUUGAUGAGCCUCCUGGAGACUGACCCGGAUGUGGUUGAUUACCUUCUCAGAAGAAAAGCCUCCCAGAGUCCUGACCUCCUGCAGUCAGAGGAACCCUUCAAUCUGAGCGAGCGCCAUUCAUCUACCGACUCCAACAAAGCAUCCAGCGGAGAAGUGUCUCCUUAUGACAACAACUCCCCGGUGCUGAGCGAGCGCAGAGGAGAACCCGGGAGUUCACCUGGUGAACAGCUCGCCAAUGUCCCGGAGGCCGGCUGGAACAAGGAGUCUGAAACAGACUCAUGGGGUUCCAAAGAAGAACAUGCGAACAUUUGGGGAACGUGGCACAGUACUCUCAAACCUGCACUCAAGAGCCAGUCAUACACAGGGUCGCAUGGGAACAUGUCAGAGGGAAGCUCCCGCAGCUCACAGGAAGGUCUUGAUGGACUUCACGGUGACGUCAAGCACCAAACAUCUGUACAACAACCACCAACCACACCUGGAACAACUGAGUACAGACCGCACCCACCCGUGACUCGAGUGUGCACCGGCACUCCCUCAGAGGCGGGACAUCCGCGCCUCCAGUUGACCUCAAACCUCAACAGCAGGCACGGCGUCCAGCGGCCUGCCGGACACGGACCUACCCCCAACUCCAGAUCUCACGGCGUGGUGAACACUGGGAAAGGUGUCCCCUCUAUGUUCAACCAAUCCCCUCCCCCGUACAACGCUCAUCACCGACUGGCGAACUCGCAAAGCUCCCCUCAGCUCUCCCAGCAGCCUCCUCGGCAGAGCAACUCGGCCGCGGCCAGAGAGGCGCAGAUGGCGCCGCAGAGUUCGGAGUGGCAGGACUGGCAGAGGGAGCGCUGGCAGAUCUGGCAGCUGCUUUCUUCGGACAAUGCCGACACGCUUCCAGAGACGCUGGUGUGAACUGUACCCUGCGACGUUUUCCCUGAGUCCUGAUUCCCAUGUGGUCGGUGUUUACGUGUGCAGCUGCUGCCUCCCCCCAAAAGCCACUACUAGUAUCUUGUGUUUUCGUGUGUUUAGCUUCUAGCCUUCAUGUGCUGUCCAUCGUAACGUUAGGGGCUUUAGCUGCCCACCAGAAAUACCUCAUUCCAAACGUUAUCAGUUUGUCUUUCUUUUCAUUGUAGUAAACCAUUCUUUUUAUAUAUAUAAAUAUUUGUCAGUUAAUCACAAAAAAAACAUCCAUGUAUGCAUUGCUGCUAAAUGUCUAAUGUAAAUAAGUCACGUGUUUGGGUAAAAACGUUCAACUCUGAUGAUGUAAAUAGAUUGACACAACAUGGAAUUUGUUGUGUAGAAUACAAACUUGCCUUAAAGUAUCUACCUAGACGUGGUCAGACGGCCGUUCCCGUGUCACAUAAGGCUUCACCUUCAGGCUCUGCCGCCGUGUGCCAAAGCUUCUUUAUUUACUCCAGGUUUUUCUUGGACUGCUCUGUUUGUUUUGCGCUUUUUUGGUUCCAAGUGAAAACUGAGGAGGCUCUUUUUCUGGGUUGUGUCUCACUGAGUUGAGUCAGAUUGAGGCUUAUGAUCAAAUCCACAGGUUUUUGGUUAAUCUCGACUUGUAUCGCUUGAACAAAGUAUACAGGGAAGGAAACAUUCACGUACUUGGAAUAGUUGUCUUAUUCUCCAUCUGCUCAAAAAGUUAUUUGUCAAUAACUGAAACUAAACAGGGAAAGUAGGAGCCUACUUACAAAUAUUUCGAUUGACUGCUUAUGCCAACAAUGCAAUAUGUUAAAGACAAUUCAGUGGAAAAUAGAAGAAGACUUGUGCAUAUUGUUAUAAAUUCCUGCACUGAGUGGUUUGUUUUCAUCUUGGAAUAGAGUGUAGUUGACACAGAAUUAAGACAAAAAUUGGAAUGGCAUUGAAGUCAUUGUCAGUCUUAAAACUAAACCGAGGACGGUUCAGAGGGGUCCAAGAUACCAAAACUAUUCAGGGAGAUUAGUUGAACAGAUAUUUUUUAAGACAUGAGAAAAUCCACGAUAUCUACAAAUAUUUGACGGAACUUUUCUGUUUGACUGAUGGUCCUAGACAUUCUCACUUCCAACCCAUCACAUAUGGACGUAUGGGUCAGACCCACUCCACAUCACUUCUUGACGUUUUUGCUGUCCCCAAUUUGUCGUUUUUUUUUUUUUUGUUUUUUUUUUGUUAACUUUGUAGCUGUUUGUAUUAAAUCACGCAUCCCCAAUCCUCAGGACCCAGAACCGGUACCAGUCCAAUCCAUGUCCCGAGGGUUGGGCUCCCCCCGAUUAGCUCAGUGCUCCGGUACUAAGCGGCCCUUGGAACAGUAUCGGUCCACGUCCUGAGGGUCUGGACCCCGAUUAGCAUUUGUUGCCCAUUCCCAAGCGGCUCUCGGACCAGUUCUGUCUGUGUCCCGAGGGUUGGGGACCCCGAUUAGCUCUGCGGUCAGGUACCAAGUGGCUCUUGGACUGUAUUGGUCCACGUCCCGUGGGUUGGGGACCCUUAAUUACAGUCUGUGGUUCAGUACCAAGCAGCCCUCAGACCGGUACCGGUCUGCAUCCUGAGGGUUAGGGACCCCUGAUUAGCAGUCGUUGCCCUGUACCAAGGUGCCUUCGGACCAGAACCAGUCAGCCUCCCCAGAAUAUUGCACCCCUGAUUAGCGUCUGUUGUCUUGUAGCAACCGACCGUCAGACCAGAACCAAUCCGCGUUCCGAUAGUUGGGGACCUCGAUUAGUAUUUGUUGCCCAUUCUCAAGCGGCUCUCGGACCAGUUCUGUCUGUGUCCAGAGGGUUGGCAACCCCUGAUUAGUUCUGUGGUCCGGUACCAAGUGGCUCUUGGACCAGUACUGGUCCACAUCCCGAGGAGAUCCCCAUAAGUUCAUAUAUAGUGAGUUGGGAGUGAGAAUGUGUUGGACAGUCACAUAAAAUGUUGGAAAAGUACCAACAAAAAUGUGGUUGAAAGUUUGCAACAUUGGCAGGAAAUUAGAUUCCCAAUUUGUGACAUUUUCUGAUCCACCAAUUAAACAAAAAUGAGUCCUCUAUUUUUAAUUCCAGAAACUCCAUUAACAGGAGAAUUGGAAAGCCUGUAAUAAGAUAAGCACUAAGAAUUCCUGCAGAAUUUUUUUUUAUUUUUUAUUUCCAAAUGAAUGUUAUUGUCAGUAACCAGUCCUCCAUUGAAUCUCCAUUGAAAUCGGUGUUUGGGACCUCCUCGAAUACGCUGAAACCACAGAUACGGGGCUCAUGCGGCCGAAGAAUGUCCGUUACCGAUCCAUACCCAUACUUUGUGACAAACCGGAAAAGUCACGUGACUGGAACAAAAACCUGCGAUUUCAUGGGGGAAUAACUGGUAUGACUUGGACUAAAAUUUGGGCUUAAAUUUCUGUUAGUAGUUUAAAACCAUUGGCAGAGAAACUAUUUGAGCAUUUUAUAGUGUAUAUCUUGUGAAUGUACCUGUGACAACACAGCAGCUCCCUAUCCAUUUCCUUAAUUUGGAUUUGUCUCAAUCCAGUGAGAUCCAACCCAAACAGGAAUCUGAGUCCAUCUAUUGUUGUACAGAUUGGUACCACUUUAGUAACCAAUAUUCACUUGUAUGUGUAUUUAAAAGCCAUAGAGUACAAACUAAACGACUAUUUGAUUUGUAUUUUUUAGAAUAAAACAUUGAAAUUCUCAUUUAAAGCCAAACAACACCCAGAUUUUUCUAGUUAUGCCUCCUCUCCCAAUGGACCUCAUUUGAUUUUUGGAGAAUACUUUAAGGCUUUAUUACAUGCCACAUAAGGUUACUGUGUCGACCAUCCCUAUUCACUUCAUAUAAAAGUCAGGAGUGAGUAUUUGCUGGCAAAUAUUUCACUUUUUCCUCCAAUAUUUUUCCUGGAAGCCCAGAGACGAGAGCCUCCUGAGAUUAGCUGUGGUUAUGGCGCCAUCUUCUGUCAUACAUAAGCAUGUUGCUGCCGUCUCCAUGGAAACCCACCAACCGGACUCCAAGCACCUUCUAUGAAAACGUGCCAUAUGUCCCGCUCUAAAGAGAGAAAAAAAGUCCUAAUAUUGAUUGCUUUGUUCUCUGUUAUGUGUUGUAAUAUGUAUAUAUAAACAGUGUAUUCAUUUGUACUCAUAAGGAGGAAAACGGUGAGUAUUCCUUUGUGGUCCUAAGAUGUUUUGGUGACUCUACCAGACUGUUUUAUAAUUUGGUGGGCUUUAACCGGGUCCAGGUUGUCCUGUAACUGCUUUUGUACGGCGUGCCAUUGUCAACAGAUUGUAUGCUACAAUGGGAUUAAAUAUGUUAAAGUUUACAAACGAGUCUGACCCAAUAUUUUUCAUUAGUAUUUUAAUAGUAUUAGUUUUUUUUUUUACUGCAGUAUGUUUUCAAAAUGUA